AUGUGGGGGAAUGCGUGGAUUGCGAAACAGGAAAAGGGUGAAACACCGGGGAACUUGCAGGCGACGUACCCGUUCCAGAUCAUUGCGAUGGAUCACAUACCGUCGCUACCCAGGUCCCACAAGGGAAACACUGAGUUAUUGAUCUGGGUCGAUCUGUUCACGGGAUAUGUGAUCGCGAAAGCCAGCUCGUCCCGAUCGGCCCAGACGGUUGCAGAAUCGUACGAGGAGUGCGUAUUUCGGCGAUUUGGUGCCAGGGAGAUGAUCCGGCACGAUCGAGAACCCGGCUUCAUGUCUCAUUUCUUCCGGGCAUUUAACGAGAUCUUGGGACAACUGCAGCGAGCGAUGAUGGCAUAUCGGCCGCAGGCCAACGGGACCACCGAUAGAAUGGUGCAGACCGCGGCCAGGGCGCUCAAGCUGUACGUCCGCGAUCUUGAUCAGAAGGAUUGGGACGAAUAUGCCGAGCGCCUCACCUUCGCGAUCAAUACGGCUCACGAUCGGAUCCGGGGAGAUACCCCUCACUAUUUGGUACAUGGGUGGGAUCCGAGAUCGACUUUGGAGGCUACACUGCCGGUCGGAUACGGCGUGAUCGAGACGCGCGGCGAUGGAUAUAUCGAGUCCAGUGAUACUAUCAACAAUCCCGGGAACAAACCGAAGGAGGCCAUCGCAGAUCGAGCUGACCGACACAACAAGGACGUCGGAUCACACCAGAUCGAGGACGGAUCCCGUGUCUGGUUAUACUUAGAUCGGGUGAAAGAAGGAUACGCGCGGAAAUUGGCUCACCUUUGGCACGGGCCGUUCCGGGUCGCCGAGAAGAUCAACGAAUUCAGCGUCAAGCUCGAGAUCACAGGCACCGGGUACCAGAUCUUCCCAGUAGUGCACGUGUCGAAGUUGAAAUUGGUCAAGGAUUUUCCGGAUCGGCCGCGAGUGGAACUUACGGUAGAUGAGGCGGAUCGUCUCGAUUUCGACGAGAUCCUGCUCCCGGAGGACAGUUGGGUCCCGGAUCUAGGGGCCGGUGAGUACGAGGUCGUGCGGAUUUCUGAUGUGCGGAGUGGGAAGAAGACACGAUUUGGUCGGAUCUAUCGAGAAUUCCUGGUUCAUUGGGCAGGGUAUGAUGAGCCAACCUGGGUCGACGAGGCCGAUCUCAACUGCGGGGCAAUAUUGAACGCCUUCCUGCGAGAACUGGCCAAUCGGAACGGCUUCAAUGUGAUGCAAUCACAUGGGGAAAUGUAA